AUGGGGGAAACAAAAAUCAAUCAUGUUAUCAUUCAAUCUGAAGGAGUUUUCAAUAUUGGUAUUCUCCUCUCCGAGACCAAUUAUGAUAUUUGGUCCCAAUUAAUGGAAAUGCACAUUGCUGAAAGAGAAAAGCUCUCUUAUAUUCGAGGCAAGAUGAAGAUACCAGAAGCAUCUGAUGCGGGUUAUGAGAAGUGGUAUGCUGAAAAUCAAAAAGUCAAGCGAUGGCUCCUGAUGUCUAUGUCCCCUAUGAAACGGUACAUUCGGAUCCCUGCUGCUCAUGAAAUAUGGAGUGCUUUGUCUAAAACUUUUUAUGAUGGUGGUGAUGAGAUGCAAGUUUUUUCUUUAAACCAAAGAGCUUUCUCUGCUAAACAAAAUGGGAGAUCUCUUUCGGUGUAUUAUGGGGAAUUGACAGAAAUAUUUCAAGAUUUAGACUAUAGUGAUAAAGUAAUUAUGAAACAUCCAGAUGAUAUUACAGCAUAUCGAGGUUCAAUUGAACGAAUCCGCACUCACAUAUUUUUAGCUGGUCUAGACAAAGAAUUUGAUCAAAUUCGAAGGGAAAUUCUUCGCCUAGAACACAAAUCUAGCCUUGAAGAGUGUUACUCUAUAAUUCAGCGUGAGGCUAUGCGUCUGACUACAUUUAACGAGGAGAUUGAAAGAGUUGAAGCUUCAGCAAUGAUUGGUGGGACCCAAAUCGACAUCGGAAUACGAAGAGACCUCUCAUAG